CUCAACUCUCGGUUUCCAUGUAAGUAAUACUAAUUAGUAAUUACCACUAAUUUCUAUCUGCUCGCAUAUUCAGCGAUCGCAAUAUCCAUUGCAUUACAAUCCGCUAGCACAAGCAAACAAAGAACGGACUCGCCGAAACCGCCGGUGCAGCCAAUAAUUUAUUGCGAGCUUCAUUGAGGUUAUAAAACAAUCACCUGUUGAGCUUUUUGAUUCUACAGAAAGGAAAGAUAUAGUUUCUCUUGUAAAUUUUGAUUUCUCUCGCUCAAGGGAGCUCGCUUGCUCUGUUCUUUCCCCUGCCCCUCUCCAUUCUUCCGAAGCUACAAUGGCGUUUUUACUUUGCCUUUGCAGGUGUUGAUUCCCGCCUCAUUCUCAAUUUUUAGUGGAAGAGGAUCUGAUGAGACUUUGCAUGUCUGGAAUCAGAAGUCCUGAAUUCGGUUCUGGGGUUUUUUUUCCACUGUUGCGGUAAAAACUUUAGCAAUGGAUGACAAUGGUGGCAGCAAGUUGACGGGACUUCGGCAGAUUGUUAGGCUAAAAGAAUUUAUCCACAAGUGGCAAUCUGUUGCAAUUGGCUCGAAGGUAACGAGUCCCCAGGAGAGCAAUACACCUGGUGGCAUUCCCCCUGUGAUUAAUAGAAGGCUACUGAGCAUUAAGAAUUGUGAUUCAGACGACGAAAGCUGCCACAGCCCUGGAUCGCCACCCGAUGUUCCCAAAGGGUAUCUGGCGGUUUAUGUUGGGCCAGAGCUUCGGAGGUUUAUUAUCCCCACUAGCUACUUGAGCCAUUCUCUGUUCAAGGUUUUGCUACAAAAGGCUGAAGAGGAGUUUGGGUUUGAUCAUAGUGGCGGGCUCACAAUCCCAUGCGAGAUUGAGACUUUUAAGUUUCUCUUGAAAUGCAUGGAGCACCAUCCUAAAGAUCACCAACAUGACAGCACUGGUGAAGUCAUUAACCACUGAAGAAUAAUAAGGCUGGUUCUGUAGUGGUCGAGAUUUUAGGGCUGAUUAUAGAUGUUAAAGCUGGUUCUCCUUGUAUGCAGAUAUAUUUUCUUUUUCUUUUUCAGUGACAAAAAUAGGAAACUCUAGUUAGAUUUAAGGUUCAACAUCUAUUACUUUUGUUGGGAUGUGGCCUACAUCUGAUGCUUCAUCGAGUAUGAAACAGAUGUGUUGUUCAGGAAAAUUAUAUCAAAUAAUAUUUUGUAAUAUAUUUUCAGAAGAUCUGAACUUUGAAGAGAACAUUUCAUGAUCUUACAACAGUGGUACUUGAGACGUGUUCUUGUUUUAUUUCA